AUGAGAGAGCCACUGACCAGCUCUGGAACGAGCUCCUACAGCACAAGCUCUUGCCCCGGAGGUACCAUCAGGAAUGGAACGCCCCCCGCCGACGAGAAUGACGAUGGUUUGUCGUUCCCACUCAGCUACGCGCAAGUUGCCGAGAGAUAUAAGAACGUUGACAACAACCACUUGGUUAAGCUCUUGCAGCAACUACUUGUUCACGACAAGUCCGCGUCCUUGCUUGAUGCGAAAGUUCCCAAGCAAUUGACUGCCGCUGACGUUCCUACGCUUUUGGGGUCAGGAGCAUUCUCGCUUUUGGAAUCGGAGCAAAGCAAUGCUACUAGUAUCUCUACCAAGAGAAUAGAACAAAUGCGAUGGCCGCAUUGGCAAGCUGACCAAGUUCAUGCUCUCGCGUUCCGUGAACUUGGUGGUGGAUUUGCAAAGCAUCACAGACCGCCAUCCACACGGACUGUGAAACAUGUUAUCAUCAAGCCAUCUGUACUGGUGAACAGAAUAAGAAUCAUCCAGGUGCUAAGGGGUCAUCGUAAUGCGGUAUAUUGUGCCGUUUUUUAUCGUACUGGACGGUAUCUUGUCACUGGCUCGGACGACCGGCUUGUGAAGAUAUGGUCCGUAGAAAAUAGACUUUGCCUUCGUAGCUGUAGAGGACACGGGGUACUAUUUUCUGCAUCCGUUUCGAAUAUUGUGCUUAAAACCUGGCUUUUAGGGGGAUAUAACCGAUUUGUCUGUAAGUAGUUCGAACA